ACUGCCACAAUGCCUAUGCUCUCUCUCUCUCUCUUUUUGAGAUGAAAUCAUAGUCGUCUUCUUCUUGUUCAUUUUCAUUCCUGUAUUGGAAUCAGAACACCAUUCUCAGCCAAUUGCAUUGGGUCUCCACCACCAACCCAGAACCUGAAAGUCGAAAUUACAAAGAGGGUCUUCCUCUACUACAUUCGACACUACUCCCCUUUUUGUGUCCACCCAAGAUUUCUCAAACCCUUUUCGACCCAGAAGAAGAAAAAAACAAAAUCAUGGCCGCUGAACCCUCAGGAUCCAGUGGGUCCGCUGAUUCCUAUCUUGGGAGCCUGAUUAGCUUGACAUCCAAGUCUGAAAUUCGCUAUGAAGGUGUUCUUUUCAAAAUAAACACUGCAGAAGCUAGCAUCGGAUUAAGCAAUGUUAGGUCAUUUGGAACAGAGGGGCGUAAAAAGGAUGGCCCACAAAUCCCUCCAAGUGAUAAAGUUUAUGAGUACAUUUUGUUUCGAGGAAGUGACAUCAAGGAUUUACAGGUCAAAUCUUCCCCGCCUGUUCAGACAACAGGACCUAUGUACAAUGAUCCUGCUAUUAUCCAGUCGCACUAUUCUCAAGCAGCAACAUCUACACACUUGCCUACGGCUAGUGCUGGAUCUUUACAAGAUCUUAGUUCCCAUGCUUCACAGCUGGUACUUCCCAACUCGACAUUCCAAGGCAGUUUUCCCUCAUAUCCACCCAAUGUGAGUUCAGGGUCAUGGGGUUCCUUGCUUCCUCCUCCACCUGCUAAUGGCAGUGGGUUUACUACACCGAUGUAUUGGCAGGGACUCUAUGGGGUCUCGGAUGGGCUUCAAGCCCAACAACAAUCUUUGAUUCAACCCCUGUCUGGCUUGUCAAUAACACAAUCCAUGCAAUAUCCUCCCAUGAAUGCAUCUUUACCAGCCGGGGGUUCUAAUUUGCUGGCUUUGCAGUUUUCAGAAUUCCCACCUCCUCCCGUGCUGCCUCCUCUUGAUAAUGGCACCUUCAAUUUGCAUUCACCUUUGCUUCCUGGGCAGUUUUCUACUGUAGCUUCAGGUUCAUCAACAACUUUAAUGUCUAAUACGACUCCUCACUUUGCUUUCAGCACUAGUCUGCCAUUGGUAUUUCCAUUGACUACUGUUCCUAACAAGACUACAGUUGUUCCUGGUUCAGCAAUGCCAUAUAAUGGUGCCUCUGAACCUGAGCCUUCUCUUACUGGGAUAUCCAAUUCUUUCUUGAAUGAGGGAUCGAUGCCUUCUUUGGUAACACCAGGUCAACUUUUGCAGCCUGGGCUUACCUCAGCUCCUUCAUCCCAGUCUCUACAGACAGCUCAGGAUGUUGAGGUGGUUCAGGUAUCAUCAUCAGAACUACCUGUUCUGACAUUGGUGGAAGCUCAGGCACCAAUUUUGCCUCUGCCUUCACCACCCUGCUGCAAGUUAAGUGGAGCUCCUUCGCACAUUCGCCACUAUAAUAGAGGAGGGCAUGAAAGAGUAAGAGCAAAUGGGAAUUUACAUUCCGUGACCAGAUUCACGGAAGACUUUGAUUUUUUAACAAUGAAUGAAAAAUUUAACAAGGAUGAAGUAUGGGAUCAUCUUGGUAAAAGCAACAAAACUCAAGAAGAUGGAAAUGGUUCACAAGAUGAAGAUGAUGCUGGACCAUCAAAACUCGAGGUUAAGCCUGUUUAUGUUAAGGAUGACUUCUUCGAUUCUCUAUCUUGUAAUGCUCUUGAUCGUGGCUCACUUAAUGGGAGGACCAAGUUCUCUGAACGGAUGAAAAUGGAUGCUGAGACAUUUGGUGAUUUCACAAGGCAUCAUGGUGGUGGCCGUGGACGUGGACUUGGUCGCACUGGCUAUUCUCGUGGUGGUUAUUACCCGAGGAGCUAUGGCUAUAUCGGGAGGGGUAGGGGACACGGGACAUAGGGCACAGCAUGUUAAGCACGAUUGCCGGAUAGUACUUGGCACUAGGGUUUUUUUUUAAAUCUUACAUUGGGAUGAACUUAGGUGCUGUUGGUUAAAUUUAGUUUUUGUGUGCUAUUUUUUUUUUUUUUGCUGGUUGGUCCCUUGGAAUUCUGCUAGAAAAACAAGUGAAACUCCAAGACGCAGAAGGUAUUUCUUUUGUUGUUUCUUUUCUUUUUAUCCUCUAUAAUAAGCAAACUCGUGGACUAAAUGGGGCCUUUGAAUUUA